AUACGAGUAAUAAGCUGGACCGGCCCACUAAAUAAUAAGGAUAUGAAAGUUUAAGCUAAUAGUGAAGUCUUCUAACCCAAUCUCCUCCAAGGAAAUCGAGCGACCAAUCUCCUCCAAAUCGAGCGACCCUCUCUCCAAGAAUCUUCUAGCGACCCUCUCUCCAUGAAUUGAACGACCCCUUCUAAGCUUUGACAUUGAACCUCUAAAUCGUGCUCCAUCUCUUGGUCUUCAAAUCAUCCAGAUUCCUCAGAUUCGAUGGAAAGUUAAGUGUGAUAGCCUGAUGAACAUUUAUUUGAAAGUUGUCAUUUGAGCAAUUUGGCCAGCACAAUGGAUACACAAGCAUCCAAUGUAUCAAAUGCACAUCCUCCCACAACUACUAAUGUCGCAAGCUCCAAUGUGAACUCUGCACCAGCACAGGAUGGACCUUCUAAGCUAUCCACAUGGGCUAGAAGUUUAAAUAUCCCUCAACCAUUCACAGGAUCUCAAGAUGAUGAGGAUUCAGGAAGUGUAGCAAAAUCAUCAUUUGCCCGCUUCACUAGUGGGUUUGGAAUGCAUUCAUCUCCAAAGUCACCUACAGAAGACAAUUCUGAAGGAACUUCAACCAAUCUUCAAUCUAGCUUUCUAGGAACAUUUACAAAAGGACUAGUUGACUCUUCCAAGAAUGCAGUAAAGGCUGUGUCUGUCAAGGCUAGACAUGUUGUUUCUCAAAAUAAACGAAGAUACCAGGAAGGUGGAUUUGAUUUAGAUUUGACAUACAUUACUGAGAAUAUAAUUGCCAUGGGAUUCCCGGCUGGCGAUAUGAGCUCUGGAUUUUUCGGGUAUGUUGAGGGAUUCUAUCGAAAUCAUAUGGAAGAAGUGAUCAAGUUUUUUGAGACUCAUCAUAAGGACAAAUACAAAGUGUACAAUCUUUGUUCUGAGAGAUUGUAUGAUGUAUCAUUGUUCGAGGGGAAGGUGGCUAGUUUCCCAUUUGAUGACCACAACUGUCCUCCAAUUCAUCUCAUAAUGUUGUUUUGUCAAAGUGCAUAUUCAUGGUUGAAGGAAGAUAUUGAAAAUGUUGUGGUUGUUCACUGUAAGGCAGGAAUGGCAAGGACUGGCUUAAUGAUCUCAAGUCUUCUUUUGUAUUUAAAGUUCUUCCCAACAGCUGAGGAAUGUAUUAACUCUUACAAUCAGAAAAGGUGCAUUGAUGGGAAAGGCCUUGUCCUGCCAAGUCAGAUUAGGUAUGUCAAGUAUUUUGAACGUAUCCUAAUGUACUUCAAUGGAGAGAACCAGCCUGCACGCAGGUGCAUGCUUAGGGGAUUUCGACUCCAUAAAUGCCCUUAUUGGAUCAGGCCCUCGAUUACAGUCUCUGAUCAUAAUGGUGUGCUUUUUUCAUCAAAGAAACACCCACGAACUAAGGAUAUGCUGCCUGAAGACUAUUGGUUUAGUGCACCGAGAAAAGGGGUGGUGGUUUUUGCUCUUCCUGGGGAGCCCGGCCUUACAGAGUUAUCUGGGGAUUUCAAAGUUCAUUUUAGUGAUCGGCAGGGAGACUUUUACUGCUGGUUAAACACAACAAUGGUUGAGAACAGGAAAAUCCUCAACACUAGCGAUCUUGAUGGGUUUGACAAGAGAAAACUACCAUCACCUGGUUUCCAAGUGGAAAUUGUGCUCCAGGACUAUGACGCUGCUCUUGCAAAGACAUCUCAAGCAGAAACUGAUGUCACUAGUAAAUCAUCUGGUCAAAGCGUCAAUCCUCCCACUGAGCCAUACGGACCUGAUGAGACAAACUCAAACAAACAAUCAGUUGGAAGAAAUGAGAAGGAUGAUGUGUUUUCUGAUAAUGAGGCUGGGGAAACAAGAAAGUCAAAAGAUAAACAAGUCACUGUUGCUGCUUCUGAAUCCUCUUCAGGGAAUAAUAAUAAUAACAGUAAUAAAGUUGGAACACCUCAAAUCUCUGCUUUAACACAUAAGACGGAACAAGUAACACUUGGAGAUUCAGGGAUGAAACAUAAUGAGCAGAAGAAGAAUGAUGAUGUGGCACCAAAUCCCUCAGGGCUCGAUGUCCCGAAUACUGGGAUAAGUGAUUUCAAGAUCAUGGCUGCUGAUGCAUCUGUGUUUACAUUUGGAGAUGAAGAUGAUUAUGAAAGUGAGUGAAGGGUAUGUACAAUGGCCAUUUGUAUAAUACAUGCACAUUUCUCUCUGUUGCAUUCUUCAGAAGUUAUAAAGAAUAUAUGAGACUCGGAAACUGCAACUGCACAGAUGUUUUUACUUUUCACAUGUAAAAUUUGGAGAUUUGUGUUUAGUAGACAUUUCAUUAGAGAAAGUAUUACGUGUUUGUUGCAGCAGUUGUGGUUGCGAUCUUGAUGUCUCACUUGCAUGUUGAUCAUGAUGAAUAGACAUUUCAAUAUACUAAUCCACUACUCAUUUUGUAGUUUUGAUCACCAUUUGCAAACAUCCUAGCCUAGGACAGUGCUAAUGUGCUAUACUGCUAUAUAUAUAAUACUAAUGCUAAAAGAAGAAUCAAUGCAG